CCCUCUACGAGAGACACUUCAGCUCCGAUGCAAACGACGUCAAGGGGCCUCUGAGAAUGACGCCCCCGUUGCCGCAAGGCCGCAGCUUCACCGUCCGCGGUGUCGCUGCCGGCCUGGCUGUUGGCACCGUGAUAUGCGCCGCCAACAUGUAUUUCGGCCUGCAGACCGGCUGGGUGUCCAUCAUGUCGAUGCCCUCGAGCCUCAUGGGAUUCGCCGUCUUCAAGCUGCUGAAGCCGUACCUGCGCUUCCCCUUCAGCCCGGUCGAGAACGUGCUGGUGCAGAGCGUUGCUGGCGGCAUGGCCAUUAUGCCUCUGGGCUGUGGCUUUGUCGGUGUUAUUCCCGCGAUGAACUAUCUCCUGGGGGCUGACGAGCAAGGACCAUUGUCGUUGAGUACAUGGCAGCUCAUCAUAUGGUCCCUGGGCCUCUGCUACUUUGGAGUUGUCUUUGCUGUGCCUUUGCGCCAUCAGGUCAUCAUCAGAGAACGGCUCAGGUUCCCCAGCGGCUUCAGCACUGCGGUGCUUAUACGCGUUCUCCAUAGCCAAGGACAAAGCUCAUCCCCCAAGGAGCUCGAUGCUGCUGCUAAAGGCGGAUUCGCCAGUCUCGUGCCCAAAGACGAUGGUCCUAUGCUGGUGGAUGAGAGCGAUCCUGUGGUGGAGGAGGAAGAGCCACCAGCCCCCAAGGACCUGGACUGGGCCUACAACAUGAGGCUUUUGCUUCUCAGCUUUCUCAUCUCGGGCAUCUUUACCAUCAGCAACUAUUUCCUGCCCAUCCUGCGAGACCUCCCGGUAUUCGGGACUGUCGCGGCAUCUACCUGGCUCUGGACUCUGAAUCCGAGUCUCGCAUACGUCGGACAAGGCAUCAUCAUGGGGACCGAGACGACGCUUCACAUGACCCUCGGUGCAGUUGUCGGUUGGGGCAUUCUCAGCCCCUUGGCCAAGAUGAAGGGUUGGGCUCCUGGCCCCGUGGAUGACUGGGAGAGUGGCAGCAAAGGCUGGAUUGUCUGGGUGUCUCUGGCCAUUAUGCUCGUGGAUGCUAUUGUCAGUCUGGCCUACAUUGCUUUCCGCCCCAUCUUCGAAAGCCACGUCGUGAGAUUUGCAUCUGCAUUGAAACGUCGGUUCCGGCAUAGGAGGCUCGCGGCCCUAUUUGGGUCCUCUCAUCGGUAUUCUCCAAUUCCUGCCCAGGAAGAGAGAGACGAAGAGGAAGAAGAGAAUCAGUCCUCGACACUGCGGGAUGACCAGUCUUCCGCCAUCGAAGAGGAGAGUGAUGGAUGGGACGAUGCCCCAGUUGAACAACAGGUCAGCAGCCGUAUUGUCUCUUGGGGCCUCCUUGCAUCCGUUCUGGUCUGCGUGCUGGCUACCCGAGUUGUGUUUGGCGAUCUUGUGCCGCUGUAUGCUAUUGUUAUUGCCGUUCUCAUGGCCCUGGUCCUGAGCAUCAUGGGCGUGAGAGCCCUUGGAGAGACUGACCUCAACCCCGUAUCUGGCAUAAGCAAGCUGGCGCAGCUGUUUUUUGCUCUAAUUAUCCCGCAGUCUCACAAGUCCAGUGUUCUCAUUAACCUGGUUGCUGGUGCUAUCUCGGAAGCUGGCGCGUUGCAGGCUGGAGACCUGAUGCAAGAUCUCAAGACCGGCCACCUCCUGGGCGCUGCUCCCAAAGCACAGUUCUGGGGACAAAUCAUAGGCGCUACUUUUGGCGCCGUGUUCAGUGCUUUUGCCUAUCACAUCUACACAGCGGUUUACGAGAUUCCCGGCAAAUUGUUCCAGGUUCCUACUGCAUACGUCUGGAUCUUUACGGCCAGGCUCGUCACAGGCCAGGGCUUGCCAUACAUGGCCAAGGAGUGGGCAAUGGGAGCCGGCGCUCUCUUUGCCGUCACGACCCUGGCGCGGACUCUCUCGGUUGGGAGGCCGUGGCGGUCUUUGAUCCCCGGCGGCAUUGCCGUCGCAGUCGGCAUGUACAAUGUGCCGUCGUUUACGCUCGCUCGAGCCAUUGGAGGCAUCAUCAGCUGGUAUUGGCUAAGUAUACGAAAACAGUCCACCACGCCUCUCAUCAUUGUUGCAUCGGGCUUUAUCCUGGGAGAAGGAUUCCUUAGCAUUGUGAAUCUAUGGCUACAGGCAGCAAAAGUGCCUCACUACUAG